AUGCUUGUCACGUGCGGCUGUGAGCCGGUAGCCGUACCGGGAGAGUACCGUGACGCACGUGACGAGUACCGGGAACAGGGCCGGAACACGAGUACCGGGAGGCAGUACCGGGACACUGGGCGGCAGUACCGGGACACUGUGAGGCAGUACCGGGACACUGUGAGGCAGUACCGGGACACUGUGAGGCAGUACCGGGACACUGUGAGGCAGUACCGGGACACUGGGCGGCAGUACCGGGACACUGGGCGGCAGUACCGGGACACUGGGAGGCAGUACCGGGACACUGGGAGGCAGUACCGGGACAUUGGGCGGCAGUACCGGGACACUGGGCGGCAGUACCGGGACACUGGGCGGCAGUACCGGGACACUGGGCGGCAGUACCGGGACACUGGGCGGCAGUACCGGGACACUGGGCGGCAGUACCGGGACACUGGGCGGCAGUACCGGGACACUGGGCGGCAGUGCCGGGACGCAGGGAGGCAGUGCCGGGACACUGGGCGGCAGUACCGGGACACUGGGCGGCAGUACCGGGACACUGGGCGGCAGUACCGGGACACUGGGCGGCAGUACCGGGACGCAGGGAGGCAGUACCGGGACGCAGGGAGGCAGUACCGGGACACUGGGCGGCAGUACCGGGACACUGGGCGGCAGUACCGGGACACUGGGCGGCAGUACCGGGACACUGAGCGGCAGUAUCGGGACGCUGGAGGCAGUACCGGGACACUGGGCGGCAGUACCGGGACGCUGGAGGCA